AUGCCGACCAACCGACCCUUCUUCGCAAACUUCUUCUCUGCCUUCCGGGCUCGGACCAAUCCUACAUUCCAGGCCAAAUCAAGCGUAACAUACGAUGCCGUUUCGCCAGGGUCACUUGUUGCGUCCGCACAUGUCUCCACGACCAAUGCGACGGUGACCUCGUCAGGCACCAGGUCAAUCACGACCAGAUCAGCAGCGGAGACAUCCACAACUUCGUCACAGCCACACGCCUCCCUCACCUCGUCUACGAAGCCCAGUACGACCAGCGCACCCCUACCCUUUUCCUCAAAUCCGAGUUCCCAUCGAUACGCAACCCCCCUCUCGAGAUCACCGGGGACGAGCUCACCGGGCGGCCCUCAUUCGCACUCCCACACAAACGCUAACAUGUCCAUGUCGCCACCGGGGACAUCAACACCGAUGACUAGAGGACGGCAACGGAGAGGAAGCGAUAGCUCCAAUUCUUCUGGGGGAUUUAUCGACGCUCUAGGACCGGAAAAAUGGUACAUUGGUGGCCGGAAUGCGGCUGGCGAAGAAACGUUCUACAAGCUGGGCCUGGUCACCGGAGGGGCUGGGAGGAGGGUACGCAGUCUAGAUCGGUUGAGUCUCUGA